GACGAGGACGGCUGGACACCUCUAGACGUUGCCACCAGUCAUUUGCAGACCAACAUCAGAAACAGGCUUCAGGAGCACAUUGCAAGAAUGUCCAAAGCCGAAAAUGGCAGGCCCGUUCGACACUCUCGCCCCAAGCUGAUACCGUCUGCUGAACUAAGAGAGCUGAUCAGGAUAGUUCCUUCCCCUAGCGAUUUUUGCACAAGUAUGUCUUUUCAAUUACCAGUAACCUCUCCGGAGUAACAGUUGGACAUGUGUUGACGCUGUUGGCUAAUGUGCAACUUACGCCUUAGGGCUGGAAGUAAUUGCGUCCUCAGAACGCGGCGGGUAUGCAGCAUUGGUGAUGGCUGACCACCCUAUUCCACUGGGGGAGUUGUAUUACUUUGAGGUCAAAAUUAUCAAGGACUCGGAGUCAAGAGAAGUCGGGAUUGGAUUCUGCCGCAAGAACUAUUACAACCGUUGGUUCCCCGGUUGGGGUCCUGGUUCCUGGGGUUACCAUGGCGAUGAUGGAAACUUCUUCGUUGAACAGGUCCCUGGAUAUCCACCAUCAGCAGACUUCGGACCUAGCGGAGAGUACGGAGAGAAUGACGUUGUUGGUUGCGGGUUCAAUGCCCAGAAAGGCUUUGGCUUCGUUGUCAGAAAUGGAAAACGCUUGGAAUUCGAUAGCGGAUGCCUUCGGCGCGACAGUCUGAUGAAGGGGAAGAUGUAUCCCUGUAUUGGCAUGAAGGUGGAUGCAUAUGGCAUCGGUCUUGUUAUCGAGGUGAACUUUAUUGGUCCCUACCUGUACAAACUUCCGGACGAUUUGGAUUGCCAGUGACUUCGAGCAUGGCUGGAAAGUCUCUUGUUAUGUUCCAUGUGUUGGUAGU